CCAGGCUUCUCUGCGGAAGCCUCCUGCGCCAAGCUAGGCUGGGUGGGUGCGGCGGGUGGUCUCCGUCUCUGAGAUUUCUCUCUUUCCCUGCAGGUGCCCCAGAAAGUAAAGGACGAAAUCGGGGGCAGGCGCUCGCUGCCUUCGUCCAAGCUCUCCUUCCAGGUUCUGUGCCCCAGGACUGGGCAGUGGCGGAAACCUGCGGGGCGUCCCAGCCCUGGGGGCGUGGAGCUGCAACACCUGGGCAGUCUUUCAGGGGCUGCGGCCAUCCCGCCCCUCCCCCAGCCUCCUCUGAAGAUGUUUAUCUUGCCCUCUGCUCCUUGCUCUUUUCUCUUUCACUUUUCUUUUCGCUGAGGGUUGGGACUCCCUGGGUUCAGGGCGCCCAGGGGAACCCCAGCUGACUCGCUCUUUGUAGUCGAAGCCCAACGCCAGGGCAGGGAGCCGGGUGGCAGUUCCCGUCCGGCUGCGCCGCUCGCCGCCCCCCAGCCCUACAGCCGGGACUCGAUGGAGGAAGUAUUCUGGAUGGAUGGCUGCUGGAAUCCCACUGUCAUAGCCAGCUCUUCUUCAACACUUAAGGAUUUACUCUGGCAUUGAGUAAUGAGAAUUUCGAAACCAUAUUUGAGAAGUACUUCCAUCCAGUGCUACUUGUGUUUACUUCUGAACAGCCAUUUUUUAACUGAAGCUUGCAUUCCUGUCUUCAUUUUGAGCUGUAUCAGUGCAGGUCUUCCCAAAACAGAGGCAAACUGGCAGGAUGUAAUAAGUGAUUUGAAAAUAAUUGACAAGCUUAUUCAAUCCUUACAUAUCGAUGCCACUUUAUAUACUGAAAGUGAUGUUCAUCCCAAUUGCAAAGUAACAGCGAUGAAGUGCUUUCUCCUGGAGUUACAUGUAAUUUCGCUUGAGUCCAAAAACGAGACCAUUCAUCAAACAGUAGAAAACAUUAUUAUCCUAGCAAACAGCGGUUUAUCUUCUAACAGGAAUAUAACUGAAACAGGAUGCAAAGAAUGUGAGGAACUGGAGGAAAAGAACAUUAAAGAAUUUCUGCAGAGUUUUGUACAUAUUGUACAAAUGUUUAUCAACUCUUGAUUGUGAUUGAUCCCCUUCAGCAUUUCUACUGUUAGCAACCAUCUUCCUGCGGCUUAGAGGCUGUGAAACUCCUCAUUUCUUGCAUGCUGCCCCAAUUUUUUUAACAAGAGGACAAUCUGGAAUCUUGGAUCACACGAACUCUUAGAAAUGAAGGCAGAAAAAUGUCAUUGAGCAACAUGGUGUCUAUGAACUGUCUUCGUACUUAUUUCGUUCAUUUAUUCUUAAUUUAUUAUUGAAAUUGUACAUAUUUGUAGCAUAAUAUAAAGUAUUGAAUAAAAUUGUGUAUAUACUUUAUCCUUCGAAAUUGCAUUGAUGUUUACCUCCUGUAAGAAAAUAGGGGACAUUCGUUCAAGGGCAAUAGUCAAAUUGCACAAGCUGUGGGGCUGAGCACCCCUGGGGCAGGGAAACCGUAUGUUCCAGCCAGCAUAGGACCACUGACCACCAGCCUUCACUUCUCCAUUAGGUGUAGCACAAGGAGGAAGAAUUAACUACCAAUGAGAAAGGAAGAAAUAGGUGUGAAACCGGUGUUUUACUCUGUAAUUGAUAUAUAAAGCACCUGUUAUAAAAGACAAAAAGUGCAUGUGCCUGGCAGGUAAUAUGCGUCAGUAAAUCUUCGGUGGGAGUGACAAUAAUAAAGCUCCACUGAGGUAGAUAGGUAGAAUCGUGUAUAGGAAACUAAUGGUUGUAAUGAUGUUUGUAUUCCAUGCUUUCCCAAGUGCAGGUAUUUUAUUUUCACUUUUUUUUUUUUUUUUUGCCAUGCAUGUAUAAUAAAAAAUUUGCUGGUUCGUUAGAGCCAGCAUUAUCUGACAUAAAGUAAUUGUUUAUAUAUUUUUGCAGUAUACUGUCUGAAAUUUGCAAGGUCUUUUUUAAUAAAACUAUGACUAAAAUGAAAUAUUUUUGUCUUAUCACCAUUUCUUUCACCUAGUUCACUUAUGGUGUUUUUGUUUGUUUUUCAUUUUUUUUCUUUUGUUUUGUUUUUCCUCAAGUUAGUUAGCUUAUGGUAUAGUCUUGGCUUCAGGAAUAGAACCCAGUGAUUUAUCUUUUAUAUAUGACACCCAGUGCUCAUCCCAACAAGUACCUUCCUUAAUGCCCAUCACCCCUUUAACCCACUCC